UUUGCCAGGUCUGGGAUCCUCAAUUCCAAGGGGGGAGACACCAUGAGAUAUCUAUGCUUCGUGACUUCCCUAGCCAUAUUGUUCAUCAGCAACGUGCGACUUGGUGUGACCGCGCGCCUCCUGGCUGAAAUUCCGAAUGGUGCUCAGCCGGUGCCGGUUCCUCCCGCCGGCCAGCCGCGGAACAUCCCGGUGAACCUUCCCGUCAACAUUAUUCCGAAUGGCGAGCCAGCUACACCGGCGCCCAUUAUUCCCGCCGGCCAGCCGAAAAACGUCCCGGCCAACCAUCCGUUGAACAUCCCAAAGGGCCAGCCAGGUCUACCAGCGCCGCUUCCUCCUGCCGGCCUGCCAGCAAACAUUCCGGCCAAGCUCCCGGUGGACAUCCCGGCCAACCUUCCAGUCAACAUCCCGAAUGGUCAGCUACGUGCACCGGCGCUGCAUCCUCCACCCGGACUGCCGGGAAACGCUCCGGCCAACCUCCCAGUGGACAUCCAAGCCAACCUUCACGUGAACAUCCCGAAUGUCCAGCCAGGUGCAUCGGCGCCGCUUCCUCCCCCAGGACUGCCAGGAAACACUCCGGCCAACCUCCCGGUGGACAUCCAAGCCAAUCUUCCCGUGAAGAUUCCGAAUAUCCAGCCAGGUGCGCCAGCCCCGCUUCCUCCUCCCGUUCUGCCAGGAAACACUCCGGCCAACCUCCCUGUGGACAUCCCGGACAACCUUCCCGGGAACCUCCCUGCUAACCUGCCGGGGAACCUGCCGGCGAACCUCCCUGCUAAUGUUUCACCAGGGAUGCUUGCAAACGUGCCACCUGCGAUGCUAGCCACUGUGCCACCAGAGAUGCUAGCCAAGCUCUCUGGCAAUGUUACGCCGGAGAUGUUGUCCAAGAUCCCGCCGGACGUUCUGGCCAAGAUCCCGCCGGGCCAGCUGCCGCCGGACGUGACGCCAGAGAUGAUUGCAACGCUCGCCUCGAUGAAGCAGCAGCAGCAGCAGCAAGGGCAACCUGUUGCUGGUGCCGCCCAGAACAACGCGGCGGCGGCCGGCGCAGCGGGGUUGCCCAUCCCCAAGAUGCCGGACUUCGCGGGGCUGGCCAACAUCUCAUUCCCACCGAUGCCUUCGGCGUCGCUACCGCAGAUGCCGGAAAACGUCACGCUUUUCGGGUUCGACGUGGAGAUCCCUAAGUUCAUCAACAAGAUGGUCAACGAGCACACCGAAUCCUGAAUGAAAGGCAGCUUCUUCUCCGGGUGGCACAUGCGCGAGCACGACAGACUGUUGAUCCAAGGUUGGGUUCUCAAUGUUGCCGCCGAUGUACUUGUAUAUGCUGUGAUCCAAAAGUUGUUUGGUAAACUCACCGAUCUUGCUACUCGGGAGCAAGGUUAUGAAAAAAAUUAGAUCAUGGAUGGGGCUGCACUUUGUGCAUGUGUUGUAUAGGAAUUCCGUGUUGUAUAUACAUCAUACUAGCUCAUUUGUUAAGAACCACCUGCUACUUCACAGUAUUAUGAACAGGUGUGGAUCCAUGUAAGUAGAUUCAUUCAUGUAAGGCUGCAAGCAUGAUCAUGUCACUAGGAACACGCAGAUGGUGCGGCUGAUUUGGGGCGGAGGUGAUAUCACAAUCACUCUUUCUAUUCA